AUGGACGUAGAGCUCAAACCAGACACAAUGGCAGUCAUACUGGAGAAGUUGCGUAGCUUCAUCAACUUGUCUGCAACAAUAACAAAAUACUUGAUAUUUUCUGCUCUUGCUUGCAGAUCCCGCUGCCGCAGAAUCAUGUGGAUCACAAAGUGCGUAAUCUGGUUGCAGUUCUUGAUAAAGUUGGCAAUGUUGACAAACUUGGACAAACACGAGUGCUUAAAAAUCCGUCCUGACCUGUACGAUCUUGCCAGAAGAUCAAACUUAUCGAUCUUGUGGAACAGCUCAAACUGGAUCAGAGUCAGCUGUCUUGCCAGUUCGGUCGCAUCGAUGUCUCUCAAACGCAAUCUUGGAGCAUUUCUAAUGUUCUUGCCCAACAUCAAUGGGAUUGGUGGCCGUUGA